CCCCCUUCCCUCUCCUGGAUAUAAAAGUCCAAGCACUCAGCUAUCUCCUCUCUUAGACCCUGCUCUCUCCAGACUUUUUGCUCGAUGGAAUCAGCUCUCUCACUGGCCCUUGGCCACCUUCUAGGAGUCGGUCUGGCGCCCUCUUCAUUUUAGGGACUCGGAGGUUUGAGCAUAUCAUUGCACUUGAGUUCAUCCUUUGUCCUCUCCUUCAGGUGCCUCCAUGGCCGGCUCUGAAGAGCUGGGGCUCCGAGAGGACACACUGAAGGUUGUUCUGGCUGCUUUCCUUAGGCGAGGUGAAGCUGCUGGGUCCCCUGUCCCAACUCCACCCAGGAGCCCUGCCCAAGAGGAGCCAACAGAUUUCCUGAGCCGCCUCCGAAGAUGCCUCCCUUGUCCCCUGGGGAGAGGAGCCCCUCCCCCGGAAUCCUCUCGGCCCUGCUUCCUUCCCCUACGCCCCUGCUAUGGCUCUGAGCCUGGUCCAGCGACUUCAGACUUCUAUGCCCUGGUUGCCCAGCGUCUGGAACAGUUGGUCCAAGAGCAACUGAGAUCUCCGCCCAGCCCAGAAUUCCAGGGACCCCCACCCACAGAAAAGGAAGCCCUGCUAAGGAGGCUGGUAGCCUUGCUGGAGGAGGAGGCAGAAGUCAUCAACCAAAAGCUAGCUUCUGAUCCUGCUCUGCACCGCAAGCUGGCUCGCCUGUCAGCAGGCUCCUUCGCCCGCCUCGUGGAACUCUUCUCCAGCCGGGAAGUCAGCUCCUCCCAAAGCUGUGCGAGCCCCUCCCUGCCAUGCCCGGCACCCCCACCGCCAUCCCCGGAGCCACUGACCCGCCUGGCUCUGGCCAUGGAGCUGAGCCGGCGUGUGGCUGGACUGGGGGGUACCCUGGCCGGCCUCAGCGUGGAACAUGUACACAGCUUUGCGCCUUGGAUCCAGGCCCAUGGGGGCUGGGCGGGCAUCCUGGCCAUCUCACCUGUGGACCUGGAUUUACCCUUGGACUGAGUGCUUCCUCUUCCUCUGAGCUGCUGCAGGAAUGACCACAGCUGCUGGUGACACAUAUAUUUCCUCUCAGGGCUGCGGGGUGGUGGC